AUGGAUUCUUCUUCUAAAUUAAAGGGUAUUGAGCUUGGGAAGCUUGUGUUGAGCUCCGGUCUCUUACACAGCUCAUGGAGUAAGAUCUCAGAGAUACAUAACUUAACCUAUGAGAAUCAAGAUUCAGCUCUAAAGUUCGAGAUUGACGAAAAAGAGAAAUUAAUCAUUGUGGUUUUCGCGGCACCACCGAUUAGCAGAAAUGGCUCUGCUUCUUCUACUCUUCUUCCUAAGUCACAAGAUCAAAAUCCGUUUCCGUUUCUUUACUCCGAGAAUAUCGACGAAUUCUCUGUUCACACUCGUGCUUUCGAGCUUUUUUCCUCUGCCCAAAAAGAUCUCUCCGAGCUCAAAUCAAAGUUACUGGAGUCUAGGAAACUGGUGAUCAUCACGGGAUCUGCGUUAGGAGGAUCCGUCGCAUCUCUCUUUACGCUUUCGCUACUUGAAACUAUCGAUCCGAAAGUAAAACGUCCCUUAUGCAUCACAUUUGGCUCGCCUUUAAUCGGUGACGCUUCUCUGCAACAGAUUCUUGAGAACUCGGUGAGGAAUUCAUGUUUCCUUCACGUGGCUGAUGCUGCAAUGACUCCCAUCACCGAGGGAUUCAAGCCUUUUGGAACGUUCUUGAUCUGUGAUGGCUCAGGAUGUGUUUGCAUCGAGGACCCUGAGGCAGUCACGGAGUUGCUAAACGGUGUUCAUUCGGAUCUAGUAGGCUACAGCGAAGUUCGACAUCGUCUGGACCCAUGGGUGUUGUCUAUGGAAGAUUCAAUAUUGAAUUUCCCUGAUGAUGUUAUCGUUCGAAUGAAGGAACGUGCACGGAAGAAGGAGAUGCGUUUAGAUCCGUUUAAGAAACUAAACGACAUGAAGAUAUCACUCAUGUAUUUAGAGUGGUACAAGAAGAAAAGCAAGGAGGCCAAGAUGGGUUACUAUGAUCGGUUCAAGACUCAAACCGAGGUCGAUAUAAAGAUUGGGACGUUGAAAGCAGAGCUAAACGUUUACUGGAAAUGGUUGGUUAAAGAAGUAGAGAAGAAGCCUCAGAGCGACGUAAAGAUCCUCAGCAGACGGUUUCUAUUCGCAGGGAACAAUUACAGAAGGAUGGUCGAACCUCUUGAUAUUGCUGAAUAUUACCGCAAUGGUAGGAAAGAGUAUCAAAGCUCGGCUAAUGGUAGGUCUAGCCAUUAUGCUAUGCUCGAGAAAUGGUUUGAAAAGGAUUGGGAAAACCAAGAAAAACCGACUAGAGAUGAAAAGAGAGAUUUGAGUCAUCUUUUAACGUUUGAUUCUUGUUUUUGGGCUAAAGUUGAGGAAGCUAUGAUUGUAAUCGAUCAGGUGAAAGCAGUGGAGGGGAUGAGAGACGGGGUAUUGACCGGAGAACUCGUGAGGUUUGAGGAAUACGUGUGGGGGUUGAUCGGAGAACGUGCGGUUUCGCCGGAGAUUUUCUUGGAGAAAAGCAGUUUCAUGAGGUGGUGGAAAGAGUAUAAAGUUCAUUCUUCACCUUCAGCAUUCACCGAGUUUAUGAACUAUAAGACUUACAAGAGUUAUGGUAACAUCAUUGCAGCUUAA